UUACUUCCUACUCUAAUUCGGUUGCUAUUCCUCUGUAAAAUUGCUGUUUACUGAUCAAGUGCUUUUCCUGAUUUUGUGAAUUCUAAUUAAAGUGAAAUUUUACCGUUUACUGUAAAAUAGAGGCACUUUGAUAUGCCUCUGUUUUUUGCCUUGUAGUGCUUGCUGUGAUAACUUUAGACUAAGUAGCUUUUUUCCCUUGAUCAUGAUUUGGUGAGUUGCUAUUAACUUGUGUUUCUGCUAUUAACAUUUUCCUGAGAUUUUGUGAGCGAAUUAAUAUUCUUGCUGAAAACGAGUCGAAUAAUCAAUGCGUUUCAGAUUAGUUGAUGAUUGAAUAUUGGGGGUCGGUGUACAGUGUUAGUCCGUAGUAUUUUAAUGGAAGUUGUGUGAUUGAGUUUGAAUUUAAGCUACAGAAUCUGUCCUAUAUGUAGAAAAAGAAACUUGGUUUGAUUCAAAUGUUUUUCUAUUCUUCAAACUAACUUUUUGCAAGUAUGGUAGUUCUGCAGUUGCACUGAAACGAUCAUAUUUCGGGUUCGAAUCCCAACUUAUUCUUUCUCAGAGAAGGCCGUAUUGUAUUUCUGUGUAGAACUGCUAUCUAUGGUGAAUGGUUGAAUUUCCAUAUAGGAGCGGAUGAAUAUGCUUCUCUUGAUUUUUGUUAACUUACUAUGAAACUAAGCUGCUGUUUGGUCCAUUUUUUACAUUCCAUUAUGCUUCCGUUAUGUAUCUGAAAAGACUCAAGCCUAUUUUGUUCAAAACUUUGAUAUUUAAAAUUUUUACAAACAAUUACUCGGGUCUUCAUGAUCGAGUAUCUUUCUUCUAUGUAUCAGCACUUAAUUAGUCAUGUCUCGCAACCAAUGUUUGAUUUUAUUUUCCCUUAUUUCUUUCCCCCUUCUUAUACCCCCGCCCCUAGUCACGGUUCCCUGACUAUGCUAUCCUUAGCUAGUGCGGUCGUGAUACAGCUACACUUGCAUUCUGCUGCCUCUGCAAAUAUAGGGUGUCUUCGAUUUAUAGGAAUAUUUCAUACGCCAAAUGGACGGUUGCACACUGCAAACGGAAGGAGAAAAAGAAAAGGCCAUCAAGUGUCUCGAAGCAGCAAUCAGACGAAGAACAAGUGAGGGUAUAAGCUUGGAGCUAUGUGCAAAGGACCGAGUAGGGCUGCUCUCAGAGGUAACACGAAUCCUCCGAGAAAACGGACUCUCAGUCACGAGGGCAGGCGUGACAACGGUGGGGGAGCAAGCCGUGAAUGUGUUCUACGUGAGUGAUGCAUCGGGCAAACCAGUAGACGCAAGGACCAUAGAAGCCCUGCGCAAGGAGACUGGGAAGACGAUGAGGCUUAACGUGAAGAAGCCGGCAAUGAAUACGAAAGCACUCGAAGCAAGUGGUAGGGCAAAGACUAGCUUCUUCUUUGAAGGCUGGCUGGAAAAGUUGCUCCCUUGAGUUUGUACAACAAUCUCUCUCUACUUUAAAAACCAUUCAUGUAUUCACAGCUUUCUGCAAGAUUUCUAUCUAUGGUGAUUUGUCCCAACUGCAUCAAAACUGUAAAAAAUAAAUCAAUAGCUGUAAUAAAAAGCUGUACAAUUAUACUAGAAUUUUUAUCA